AUGAAUUCGGAAAACCGUUAUCCUGUAACGGCAUCUUUAUUUAUGCUACGUGAAAUAAAAAAUCGGCAAGAAAAGGUUAGCAGAGGAUAUCAACUUCUUAAGAAAAAAGCAGAAGCUCUUCGUAUUCGCGGCCGUCAGGCAGCUGCUGAAUUGGCUACAACUCAAGCGAUAUUGGGUCAUGCAUUAAGAGAAGCUUAUAUAUCUUUGGCUGCUAUUAAAUUCACCAACGGCGAAUCCAAUGCCUUAGUUUUAGAAAACGUUGGCGAAGCACAAAUUCGAGUACAACGUGUGCCGGAAAAUAUUUCGGGAGUCGCUACCGUGUCACUGCAGGUAUUAGAAGAUACUACAGCAAACGAUUCUUUGCGAUAUGCAGGACUCGGCGCUGGAGGUCAUCGUACCACUGAAACCAAAAAGGCUUUUCGAGAAGCAAUUAAGAUAUUAAUCAGAUUUGCUUCCCUCAGAAGUAACUGUGUGUUGCUAGAUGAAGCUAUAAAAUCUGCGUUGAGAAAGGUGAAUGGCAUAGAAAAAGUUAUAAUGCCUAAGCUACGAAAUACUGAAAAUUACAUUUUAAUGGAAAUGGACGAAAGGGAACGUGAGGAAUUUCAUAGACUAAAAAUGGUGAAGGCAAAAAAAAACCUUGGACAGCCGCUCUUAAAGUCCAAGUCCAACAGGAAAUUUCCCUUUGGCGACAGUGAUAAAGCUAAAUCCUCUUUGGAGUCUAUAGACAAUAAUUUGGAAUGUUUGGACAUCUGCUCUUGCCCUACAUUUUCGUCAACCACUGUGUCAGCAGGAGACUUUAAACCAGUGUGCUACCCUCAUAAUUGGGAUGACGAGGAUUUACUAUUUUAA